AGCAGCGGUCCCCGCGCAGGCUUGGCCGCGCGCUCCCGCCCUCGGCCGGCUCCCGCGGCUCCUCGCUCCUCCCUCCUGCCGAUCUUCUCCCCGGCCGGCCGCGCGGGAGGGAGGCCGAGAUGGCAGAUGAGAUCGCUAAAGCUCAGGCCGCCCGGCCUGGUGGCGACACGAUCUUCGGGAAGAUCAUUCGCAAGGAAAUCCCAGCCAAAAUCAUUUAUGAGGAUGACCAGUGUCUUGCUUUCCAUGACAUUUCCCCUCAAGCACCAACACAUUUUCUGGUGAUACCCAAGAAACAUAUAUCCCAGAUUUCUGCAGCAGAAGAUGGUGAUGAAAGUCUUCUUGGACAUUUAAUGAUUGUUGGCAAGAAAUGUGCUGCUGAUCUGGGCCUGAAGAAGGGUUAUCGAAUGGUGGUGAAUGAAGGUUCAGAUGGGGGACAGUCUGUCUAUCAUGUUCACCUGCAUGUUCUUGGAGGUCGGCAGAUGAAUUGGCCUCCUGGUUAAGCGUGUUGUAGGGAUAAUUUUCCCUUCUGUAUGCAGUGAUCAGGUUUGCAAGUUCCAAUAUGCUAAACAAUACUUUUUUUUUUUGCCUGUAUAGGGAGAGAUUGCAGAAAUAAUUAAAAAAACACAUACAUAAUAAUAAAAGACAUUGUUGCAUAGUC